AUGGAAGGAGGGGCCGGCUGGACGGUUUCAACCCGUGCCGGGACAACUCGAAUUUACAACCGAACUCUCCCUCGACAACCGUGUUAUUCCGCAGUUGACUCGACAGAAGAUUUGGUGUGUGAGAGAGCUACGAACAUACAUACAGACGGCGCCGAUGACCGCUCUGAGAUUAGUUCACACCCAUGCGAGACGUGGCUCAAGGCUUGUGCAGCAAUCGAGGGCGGCUAUUCCGAGGGUCCAUACGCUGCUCUCACCCUCAAUAUACCGGCCCCGGCCCACGGGCCAAAUGACCGGAUAGAGCCCUCGCAUGUCGCUCCUAUGGCAAUCACACCGACCGAAAAGUACAAUGAAUUAGUUUCCACCGGCCUGCUGCGAGAUGACCCUCACCAGAAGGGCGUGGUGAAAUAUCUCCAGGCACUGCAUGAUGAGCUACGUUCGUUCAAUCCCCCGCACCAUUCCGAGGCACAUGCAAACCCCAAGUCCCUGUUUUCUCGGCUCUUCAGCACCUCCGCGAGCAGUGCUGCCACCGCCACAGUAUCGCCCAAAGGCCUCUACCUUUAUGGCGAUGUAGGCACCGGAAAGUCCAUGUUAAUGGAUUUGUUUUACGACACACUUCCCCCGAACAAAGCCGGAGGUGCUGGAGACAAGGACCCAAUACCUGGAGUGGCCCGUGACUUGGCUCGAAACGCUGCCGUUCUAUGCUUUGACGAGUUCCAGGUAACCGAUAUCGUAGAUGCUAUGAUCCUCAGACGGUUAUUGGAGUCGCUCAUGGAGGCGGGUGUAGUGUUUGUCAUGACGUCAAACCGCCAUCCUGAUGACCUCUACAAGAAUGGAAUUCAGAGAUCUAGUUUUAUUCCUUGUAUAGACCUUCUCAAAGAAAGAUUUCAUGUAGUGGAUUUAGACUCGCCAACGGAUUACAGGAAAAUACCUAGAGCCUUGUCUAAAGUCUAUUUUGACCCGCUCACCCCAGAGAACCGCACAGAGAUGGACAAGCUCUUCCAUGCUCUCGCUGGGGAUCACAUUAAAACCGAUCGCACGCUCAGCAUUUGGGGCCGCCAGUUGCGCAUCCCCGAAAGCGCGGGGCGGGUCGCGCGCUUCUCGUUUUUGGAUCUCUGCGGCAAGCCGCUGAGUGCUGCGGACUACAUCGAGGUUACGAGAGAAUUCGAGACCAUCUUUGUAACCGAUGUCCCCAGCAUGAAUCUAGGCCAAAAGGACAUGGCACGUCGAUUUAUCACGUUUAUUGAUGCAUGCUACGAAAGCAAAACCAAGUUGUUCAUAUCUUCAGAGGUCCCCAUUACGCAGAUAUUCUCAGGCGACUCGGACAAUGGCGCGAGUAUAUCCGAUCAUCAGCGUAGCGUUAUGGACGACUUGGGGCUAAAUGCAGAGAGUAUCGGAAAAUCUGCAAUUUUCACAGGGGAGGAAGAGGUCUUUGCAUUUGCUCGAGCUUGUUCACGGCUGGUGCAGAUGGGCACACGGGAAUGGGCAGAAGCUGCGAGGGGAUGA